AAUUUCUUCUUGCAAAGAUGUAUUCAUUAAAACAAGUUAUCGUGYAAACAUGGCGUACACUUUUGCAAUAGACAGCAAAGUAACASACAUCUACUGUCAUUUGACAAAUGACAUCUGUGAAGGUGGUGGAUGGACGCUGACCAUGAAGAUUGAUGAUUCAGCAACAUUUCAAUACUCCGCUGCGAUUUGGAACAAUAAGCAGUCCCACAAUCUGACAGCUGGUCAAACCGGUUUUGAUAACUUCCAAACCAAGAUGCCAAGUUACUGGGCGAUGCCUUUCGACAAACUGUGCGUUGGUUUCAAAGUGAGUAAUGUCCUUAAAUGGAUUGUUAUCCCAUAUAAGGCUUCAUCUCUCUAUGACGUCAUUGCCGAUGGACAAUAUCGACAAACAAGCAUCACAAAAGCUACGUGGAUGUCUUUGAUUGGUGGAGCCUCAMUGCAGCCAAACUGUAACCAACAAGGGUUUAAUACUUAUGGUUACACGCGUAUUGGAAUCAGAUCAAACCAAGAAAAUGAUUGCUAUASCUGUGAUAGUGCUUUGGGUUUAGGAAUUAAUCGACACUAUUCCUGUGGGAACUACUGUGGAAGCACACAYUGUAGUAAUUCAGCGAAACAAGUAGUAGCUUUCGGAUACCUAUUGAUCCAAUGAACCCCAAGGGUCCACAGUUCUAUGAGGAUAUGCUAAUAGAGUGAAGUCAGUAAGAACCCGCUAAACAAAACUUGACUAUUAAAGUGUGAUAGUCAAAUAGACACAAUAGAAAACAAUCCAAUAAGAGAGUACUAAGGUGUAAUGGUAUAAUAUAACUAUAUAUAACUUUUCAUUAUUUCUAUUUGAUGUUUUAAGGAAAUAUAUGCUUCUUGUUUUUGUUUUUUUUUUAAUUCACUCUACCUCAUGAAGGAGUGUUUUAUCUGCGUUAUCAGUUCGAUUCCAUAAAGAAGAUAAAUUGAUGCAAAUAUGAAGAAAGCUACAAACAGUUAUGCUUCUCUUUGAUACUCCAGUCAUUCGGAUUAA